AUGUCGUCCCAGCUCUUCAACAGCCCGCGAACGCUGGUGCAGGAGUCCAUCGAGGGCCUCGUCCGCGCGCACGACCACCUCCAGCGUCUCGACGGGUUCCCGGCGAUCAAGGUCGUGACAAGGCGUGAUUGGGAUAAGGCCAAAGUCGCGCUCAUCAGCGGCGGUGGCUCCGGACACGAGCCCGCGCACGCAGGUUUCGUUGGCCGCGGGAUGCUGACUGCGGCGGUUUGCGGCGACGUGUUUGCUUCGCCACCAGCAGAUGCUGUCCUCGCAGCCAUCCGGGCCGUCACGGGGCCCUCCGGGGCUCUCCUAAUCGUCAAGAACUACACGGGCGAUCGCCUCAACUUCGGCCUCGCAGCGGAGAUGGCCAAGGCGGAGGGCUACGCGGUCGAGACGGUGUGUGUGGCCGACGACGGCACUCUGUUCAACAGCUCCGUCCGCGACACGGGCGCCAGAGGCAUCGCGGGCGCCGUUUUCGUCCACAAGAUUGCCGGCGCCCUCGCAGAAGAAGGGCACACGCUAACGACGGUCCUGCGGGGCGCCGAGGACGCUGCGAAGCGCGCUUCCACCGUGGGUCUAGGUCUCACGAUCUGCAGCCUUCCUGGAGGAGCUCCAACAAGGGUCAGUGAGUGCAGGCUGCCACCGGGGAUGAUGGAGAUCGGUCUGGGGAUCCACGGAGAACCGGGCAGCGAACAGAGGCCUACGUGCUCGCUCGACGAGGCCGUGCAGCUGCUCGUAGAUACCGCCACGAGCCCCGCGGGCCGCCUGAGCCUCUCCAAGGGCUCCUCCGUCGCGCUCCUCGUGAACAACCUUGGCUCAACCUCAAACCUGGUACUUCCCGCUUGCGCCCGCGCGGCCGUCCUCCACGCCCGCAAGCGCGGUUUCUCCAUCGAGCGCGUGGGCGUUGGGUCGUUCAUGACCUCCCUGGACAUGUCGGGCGUCAGCGUCACCGUGCUGGACCUCCCGCCAGACGGCAGCCUGACGCGACUGCUCGACGCGGAGACCGACGCGCCGGCGUGGCCGCGGAGCCUCGCGACGGAUGUCGAGGAUCGCGUCGUGCCCGUGCCGCCGUCGCCCGGCUUGAAUCGCGGCGACGAGGACGGCACAGCUGGGAAUGGUGCAGGGUGGAUGGUGGACGCGCCUGUGCUGGGCAGGUGCCUGCGCGGCGCGUGCGCCGCCGUACGGGAGGCGAGGCUGACGCUCGACGACUAUGACCGCAUCACGGGUGACGGGGACUGCGGUGCAACGCUCGCGGAGGGCGCGCGCUGUGUGGAGAAGGCAAUCGAGUCCUGGUUGCCCGCGGGGGGGGAGGUCGACCUGCGCUUCGCGCUGCGCAAGGUGGCGGCGGCGCUGUCGGGAAUGGGCGGAACGUCGGGCGCGGUCUACCGAAUUGGCCUGAAUGCGGCAGCCGUUGCACUAGCCCCAGGGCGGGGACUGGUGCACGGCGGGGUGGCCGGCGCGGUGGCGGCGGCGGGGAGGGCAGCGCUGGCGUCGCUGGAGAAGCACAGCGGCGCCCGGCGCAAUUGCAGGACGAUGGUGGACGCGUUGGGGCCAGCGAUAGAUGCUUUGGACCAGACCUCGCAGAAGGGCGCGGAGGGCGCGGCAUGCGCGGCGUGCGCGGCGGACGCGGCCGAGGCUGGCGCGCGAGCGACGCGCGGCAUGCGUGCACGGCUCGGGCGGGCGUCGUACAUCACGAGCGUCGACGCUCUGUCGUCUGCGCCGGACCCCGGUGCCGCAGCGGUGGCGGCGUGGGUACGAGGAAUCGCCAACGCUCUUGCGCCUGACGGUGGGGUAUGA